AUGAAGUUCUUUAUUGAUGACUUACCAGUGUUAUUUCCAUACCCCAAGAUCUAUCCUGAACAGUAUGAGUAUAUGUGUGAUAUAAAGAGAACCUUAGAUGUUGGAGGGAAUUGUAUCUUGGAAAUGCCUUCAGGUACUGGGAAGACCAUCUCAUUAUUAUCAUUGACAGUUGCUUAUCAAAUGUUUUAUCCUGAACAUCGUAAAGUAGUUUAUUGUUCUCGUACUAUGUCAGAAAUUGAAAAGGCUUUGAUAGAAUUGCAUAAGUUGAUGGAAUAUCGAGCUGAAGAGUUGGGAGAAGUUGAAGAUUUCCGUGGUUUAGGUUUAACCAGUAGAAAGAAUCUUUGUCUUCAUCCAACUAUUUCUCAAGAAAGGAAAGGUAAUGUUGUUGAUGAAAAAUGUAGAAGAAUCACCAAUGGUCAGUUGAAACAAAAGAUCGAGGCAGGAUCUGUGGAUGAUGAACAACAACAACGAAAUCCUGAAGUUUACUCAUUAUGUAAAUUCCAUGAAAAUUUGUACGAUUACGAACAACACAACUUGAUCCCACCAGGAGUUUAUUCCUUUGAAGGGUUAAUGAAAUAUUGUAGAGAUAAAGAGACUUGUCCAUAUUUCACUGUCAGAAGAAUGAUCCCUUUUUGUAAUAUAAUUAUUUAUUCCUAUCAUUAUUUGUUAGAUCCUAAGAUUGCUGAGAGAGUGUCUAAAGAAUUAUCCAAGGAUAGUAUAGUUAUCUUUGAUGAAGCGCACAAUAUUGAUAAUGUUUGUAUAGAGUCGUUAUCAUUAGACUUGACCGAUGAUACGUUGAAAAAAGCAGCUAGAGGGGCUAAUAAAUUAACUAGUGCUAUUGAGGAAAUGAAAUCUCAAGAUAGUGAAAAGCUACAGAAUGAAUAUGAGAAGUUGGUGGAAGGUUUAAGAGAAGCUGAGAUAGCAAGGAAUGAAGAAUUAUUCAUGGCCAAUCCAAUUCUACCUCAAGAUUUAUUGGAUGAAGCUAUUCCAGGGAAUAUAAGGAAGGGAGAACAUUUCGUAUCAUUUUUGAAAAGAUUCAUUGAAUAUUUGAAAACCAGAAUGAAGGUUUUGCAUGUCAUUAGUGAAACACCCAAUAGUUUCUUACAACAUUUGAAGGAACUUACCUUCAUAGAUAAGAAACCUUUAAGGUUCUGUAGUGAGAGAUUAUCAUUAUUAGUGAGAACAUUGGAAUUGAAUGAUGUAGAGGAUUUUAAUGCUUUGAAAGAUAUUGCUACUUUCGCUACUUUAGUAUCGACCUAUGAUAAAGGAUUCCAAUUGAUUUUAGAACCUUUUGAAACUGAAGGUUCAACAGUUCCCAAUCCUAUUCUCAGAUUUACUUGUCUUGAUGCAUCAAUUGCCAUCAAACCGGUAUUUGAUCGUUUUUCUUCAAUCAUUAUCACUUCAGGUACUAUCUCUCCUUUGGAUAUGUAUCCUAGAAUGCUUAAUUUCGAAACUGUCAUUCAAAAAUCAUAUACCAUGACAUUAGCAAGAAGGUCUUUCUUGCCCAUGGUAGUAACAAAAGGUUCUGAUCAAGUUUCCAUAUCUUCAAGAUUUGAAAUCCGUAAUGAUCCUUCGGUGGUCAGAAAUUAUGGGUCGUUAUUAAUAGAGUUUUCCAAAAUCACUCCUGAUGGAAUGGUAGUUUUCUUCCCUUCAUAUUUAUAUAUGGAAUCCAUUAUCUCCAUGUGGCAAAAUAUGGGUGUAUUGGAUGAGGUGUGGAAGUAUAAAUUGAUUUUAGUGGAAACUCCUGAUGCUCAAGAAACUUCUUUGGCUUUAGAAACAUAUAGAAAAGCAUGUUCUAAUGGUAGAGGGGCAGUAUUAUUAUCAGUUGCGCGUGGGAAAGUCAGUGAAGGUAUUGAUUUUGAUCAUCAUUAUGGUCGUACAGUAUUAAUGAUUGGUAUUCCUUUCCAAUAUACUGAAUCUAGAAUAUUGAAAGCAAGAUUGGAGUUUAUGAGAGAUCAUUUUCAAAUUAAAGAGAAUGAUUUCUUAUCUUUCGAUGCCAUGAGACAUGCUGCUCAAUGUUUAGGAAGAGUUUUGAGAGGGAAAGAUGAUUACGGAAUUAUGGUUUUGGCUGAUAGAAGAUUUUCUCGUAAACGAAACCAAUUACCUAAAUGGAUAGCCCAAGCUUUAUAUGAUUCUGAUACCAAUUUAUCUACCGAUAUGGCAUUAGCUAAUGCAAAGAAUUUCUUGAGACAAUUGGCUCAGCCCACUAAUCCUAAAGAUCAAGAAGGAGUAUCAGUAUGGGAUUUAGAACAAUUGAAGAAUUAUCAAUCUGAACAACAGAAAGUCGUGGAGAAGAAAGAAGAUUUCAUGGAAAUAGAUGAUGAUGAGUUUGACCUUCUUUAG